AUGUUGCUCUUGCGAGUAAAGCCACAAAAAGCUCUCAUUUUUCGUAUUUGCCCAAGACCUCCUGAAAUACCUCUGGCUACCACCAACACAAAUAAAACAGCAUACAGGCCUGGAGAAGAAAUUGUAUAUCGGUGUAACCCAGGUUAUGUCCCCCAGUCUGGCUCAAGGAGAUAUACAUGUCCUUCAUCUGGUGUAUGGCAUACCAUUACAUUCAAAUGUAUACCCAAGAAAUGUCCCUAUCCUGGACCCUUGAAUGAUGGAGCGAUAUACGUCGAUGACCUCAACUACUUGAGUGUCAUAAACUUUUCUUGUAAUACUGGGUUUAUUCUUGAAGGACCAACAAGCAGCCAAUGCCAGGCAGAUGGGAGCUGGAGUGCAAGCCUGCCUGAAUGCCAAGCUGUGAUUUGCCCUCCACCUCCAGUUUCUGAAUUUGGAGUUCUCUCUUACCAUAAAAUUGGUUCUAGAGAUACAUUUAUUUUCCAAGACACAAUCAGAUUUAGUUGUCUGUUACCUUUUGCGCUGUUUGGAAGUGAAACAGCUACCUGUCAGGCUGAUGGAAGCUGGAGUGCGUUACCUGAAUGCAAAUCUGUAGAAUGUCCUCCUCCAGAACCAAUAGAACAUGGAUUCAUAAACCGAGCUCUUCGUGAUGUUUUUUAUUACCAAGAUACUGUGAGUUAUGGUUGUAAUCCACCUUAUAUUAUGGAUGAUGCUUCAGAAUCAAGGUGUGAGAAAACAGGAACUUGGUCAAAUAAACCAACUUGCAAGGCACCAUGUAAAAUAUCACUUACAAGAGCAACAGUGUUAUUCAAUGGACGGAAAAUAGAAGUGAAAGAACUUAACAGUAUACAACAUGCCGAGACAAUCUGGUUUUUCUGUGUAAGAAAAACAGAGAAGUGCAGUUAUAAAACACCAGCUCAAUGCAUAGAUGGCCGACUUUCAAUCCCUGACUGUUUUGAAGAACUUGGCUGGUGGGCAUCCUUGUGGACAAAAGAUCCAGCAAACAUGACUCCAUGUAGGAACUAACGGAAGAUAUCUCCCUGUCCUGCAUGACGUAUCAAAAAAGGAGUGCUUAUAAAUGGAGAAUUCAAUUUUCUUCAAGAUUACAGCUAUUUGAAAUACAAACAUAUACUUUCAAUCAAUGACAUACUUACACUUAAAUUGCAUACUCUCCUGA